AGUCGUACACGGCACAUUGCGUCUUAAGUUUUUUUCAAAAACUCUGAAUACGGUUAUAAGGUGCAAUUCGUUUGUGCCCUUCCUUUGUGCCGCACCGACAACGCCAUAAUAGCCGUUCGCCAGUAACAUCAGUUCAAUAUCGAAUUUAUGACAUUUUCGAAUUUGUCGGUACUUAACUACUAACUAUAUUAGAAAUUAUUGCAAAAUAACCAUGUGGAUUAAUUAUAUUGCAUACACUUUGAUAAGUAUAGUCAAUGUGUAUUGUAUAUCUACAUUUACGACAGUUACAUCCAGCAAAACAGAUAAUGCUGUAUUCAUAUACCCAGGACAAGACAAAAGUGAACGAGACUUAGGCAUUUGUGAACAACAUAGUGUGUGUAAUAUUGUACACCUUAGGUUUUGGUUUCCAAAUCAAGUUGAACGUUUAUGUAAAUGCCCAAACCGUGAAGAAUGCCCAUGGAAGUGGAGCACAGAUGAUAAUCUUAGUAUGCCAUUAGAUAACCGUUCACAACUAAAGUUUUGUAAACCUAUUAACGAACUGCCUGACUGUACAAUGAAAUCCGAUGAAUCUAUAACGAUUAUAAAAAGCAGAGAGGAUAACAAUGUUCAAAUAAAAGCCAAAGUCCACUGCAAUUGCCCACAUCACACAACUUGGGCAUUAAUAAAACAUGAACAAAAAGAACAACAUAAUGAAACUACUGAUAUAAGUUACGUUGAAGAUUUAUUUAAAUGUAAAAAGUUGAAGGAUUGCAAUACUGGUGAAUUUUGUGGAUUUAUAAGAACUGACUACUACUCUACAUACACUAAAUGCACUUGUCCAUAUGGUCACCUGUGUUUACACAAAGAUAGACAAGAAAGUACAACAUAUGAAAUGUUAUUUUAUGGAACAUCAUAUCGAGCGGAAUGUACAUUGUUAAGUACUGAAGUCUGAAGAUGUUUUUAUUGCUCAAAUCAACUAUUUUAUAAUGUACUUAAAGAGACUAAUUUUUAAUGUAAUCAAUGUCUGUAUGAAUCAAUUAAUCCGAAUUAAAAAAAAAAUUAUUUGAUUUAAUAAUUAUUAUUAAGUUUUAAGUAAAUUGUAUGAAGACUUUUUAAAUAUAAAACUAACCUG